AUGUCUGCAAGCACGGUGAACAAUGUCGCAUCCUUGCCUGAAGUUUCACAUGCUCAAUUGAACGACUCCACGACGACUAUUGCGAGUGCUCAGCCUGUGAACAACACUACCUCGAAAAACAAUGGCAACUACAAAGGAUUCGUCGGCGGAGUGUUCUCAGGAAUCGCGAAGCUGAGUGUUGGUCAUCCAUUCGACACUAUCAAGGUCAGGCUCCAAACAUCGACCAAGGAACAAUUCAAAGGCGCAGUCGACUGCUUGAUGCAGACACUUCGUAAAGAAGGUGUCAAUGGAUUAUACAAGGGUGCCACACCUCCUCUGGUCGGAUGGAUGUGCAUGGACUCUGUCAUGCUCGGUUCCCUCACCCUCUAUCGACGUCUUCUGAACGAAAACGUUUUCCAACCACUGCGAGCUCGCCCAGAUCAUCCCACCCAGAAACUCAGUAUUGAGGAGCGAAAUCGAUUACCAGUCGUCGGACAUGGUCUUGCUGGUAUCUUCGCCGGCUGGACAGUCUCUUUCAUCGCAGCUCCUGUCGAGCAUGUCAAGGCUCGAUUGCAGGUUCAAUAUCAGACCAACAAAGCUGAACGUCUAUACUCCGGACCUGUGGACUGCGCAAGGAAACUGUCGAACCAGCAUGGUAUUCGAGGAUUGUACCACGGCCUUUCCGCCACCCUCAUCUUUAGGACGUUCUUCUGCUUCUGGUGGGGAUCAUAUGAUGUUUUUACUCGGUAUUUCCAAAGAAACACAAACCUCAGCGCCCCAGCGGUCAACUUCUGGGCGGGUGGACUAUCGGCUCAGAUCUUCUGGUUGACAUCGUAUCCUUCGGACGUUAUUAAGCAGAGAAUCAUGACAGAUUCCCUUGGACCCGAUCGCAAAUUUCCACAUUGGAAGAAUGCUGCUGUUGCUGUUUAUCGAGAGACGGGACUACAGGGGUACUGGCGGGGGUUCGUGCCUUGUUUCCUAAGAGCAUUCCCCGCCAAUGCGGUGGCGCUUGUAGCCUUUGAAGGUGUUAUGAGAGCGCUCCAUUGA